GGUACACACGUCUACAGGGUUUCACAAUUCAACACCUUUCCCAAAUACAAGGCAGCUGGCAAGCUGCUUAAAAAACCUUCUCUUUCUUGCCCCUCGAGCAAUUGAUCCAAUUGGACCCGAACGCCGCUAUGGCACGAAUACUCUCCUCCCUUCUCUACAUCGCGCUCCUCCUCGUGGCGACCACAAACGCACAAUUCCAGUUCUUUGAACAGAUGUUUAGCCAAGGAGGACAGCAUCAACGACAAGAGCCCCAGAACGUACCCAGCGAUUCGAGUUGGUACCAAGAGAAUUAUAACAAUGCGCACUGCGAUAAAUAUCUCUGCCCUGAUACCUUAGCAUGUGUGCAUUUUCCGCAUCACUGCCCAUGCCCGCAUCCUUCCUUUGAAGAGAAGUUCGAGUUGGGGGAUGGUAAGGCCAUCUGUAUUUCGAAGGGAGGCUUCAAAGCUGGGGAGGCGGCGAGGAAAGUAGAACUGGCUAGGAAAGGUCUGCUUUGAUGGGGUUAAUGUUAGAAUGACGAGAAGUAUAUGUUAUCAUACCGACUAGCACGAUUGGGCAUUAGCGAUGGGAGUUUUGGUGCACAGGAAGGCAUCUUGUAUUUUCUUGGGGCCAUGGUACCAGGUGGAUGCUGUGGUGGGAUUCCAAGGUCAGGACAGCUCUGGAAGAAUUUAGAUUUUAACUACUGCGUCAAAAUAUCCGACUCAUUUCUCAUUCAUUCGUUCCAACGCCACGCCCCUCUCUACAGCCAGGAAGAACCCGGAGCACUUUUGUUGCCUCACUUCGAUUUGCCAGUGGGAAUGCCGAAAAGCACCGCUGGCUUACCAUCCUUUGGCGCCUUGUCGACCCUGAAAAAUCCCUUUCUCUCGAG